AUGGCACGCAUCAGCAUUCCUCUCGACGCGUUGACGUCCCGCUUCAAUUUAUCCGAUCGUUUCAACAGCGUCCGAUCGCAGUCCAUCUCGUCGCGCUUUGCCAACAUUCGUCCAAUCUCGGAGUUCCUGGAUCUGAAGAGACUGUCCAAGCCGCACGACUUCGGCGAAGUUCAGAGCAGAGUCAACUACAACCUGAGUUAUUUCUCAAGCAACUAUGCCGUUGUCUUUGUCAUGCUUAGCAUCUACAGCUUGCUGACCAAUCUAUGGCUGCUUUUCGACAUCAUUCUUGUCGCUGGAGGCAUGUGGACCAUCGGCAAGCUAGGAGGCGGUGAUCUAGAGAUUGGUACUUUCCGUGCCACCACGUCCCAACUUUACACCGGUCUGGCAUGCAUUGCGAUUCCUGUCGCUUUCAUCUCUUCACCUAUUUCGACAUUUCUCUGGCUCAUUGGUGCGUCCGGUGUCACCAUUCUAGGCCAUGCUUCUCUCAUGGACAGACCUAUUGAGAAUGCUUUUUCCGAGGAGGCGGUUUAG